CUGAUGCCUUUCAAUGCUUUCUGGGAAUUGAGCACCUCCUGAAAAAAACAGUCCAGUUUUAUGCAAUUGUGACUUCUGUUUGCACUGAUCAGUUGUUCAAGGAAUUUGCUGAGAGAGGUAGUGGUCUUUAGGGUGGGAAACCUAUGACCUUCUUCUCCUCCUUCCUUUGUUAGGAAUUAAAUCCACAGACCCAACUGACAAGUGUUCUUCCCUCCAAUUGGCUCUUGGAGAGCCUGGCUUCUUUGCUUCUGCUCUUUUUUUUGAGCAGUCUCCUCCAGACUGCAUCCUGGCUGCACAGGAAGGCAGGAAUUCUCAAACAUUCUUUUUUCCCCCCUCCAGAUGCGCCAUGGCUGCUUUCUGGUGAACACAGCCCGUGGGGGGCUGGUAGAUGAGAAGGCCUUGGCACAAGCCUUGAAGGAAGGGAGAAUCAGAGGAACAGCACUGGAUGUGCAUGAGUCUGAACCCUUCAGCUUUGCUCAGGGGCCCCUCAAAGAUGCUCCCAAUGUGAUCUGCACCCCUCACACAGCCUGGUACAGUGAGCAGGCUUCCAUUGAGUCCAGGGAAGAUGCAGCUAAAGAGAUCCGCAGAGCUAUCACAGGUCACAUACCUGAUACUUUGAGGAACUGUGUUAAUAAGGAGUAUUUGCUGUUAGCUGCUCAGUGGUCCAGUAUUGAUCCUGCAGCUGUCCAUCCAGAACUCAAUGGAGCUGCGGCUUACAGGUGAGAGAAGUAGGCCUUCUGAGUUCUUGUUUAAUGUGCAGGUCAUUUACUCAUGGUUAUCUAAUACAUAAAGACCCCAGCAUCCUGUGUAGAGACCUUUCUUAGGCCUCUGAAAAUUGCUUUUCCCAGGCAGCAUAUCUCUUACAAGAUGAAUGGUGGUGAGUUUUCUUCAGAAAUCUGUCAGCUUUGGUUCUUUAGUUGGCCCACAAGCAAUAAGGUGCCCUCUGAAAGUAAAGUGAUGGUUUGUACCAGCUCUGGGAGUUCAGGAAUUGUGGCUCAUGUAAUUCACUUUCCGGGCAUCAGUCCUGCAAGGAUUUUGAACGGUUAAGUGACAGAGGGACCUGUUUGUAUGUGAUAGCUUGUUGAGUCCAUGAAAAGGGAUCUGACUCCUGGGAAUGAAGAAGUUCUGCAUCUCAGCAUGGAAUUAUUGUCUGCAUACAGCAUUCUUACAGAGCAGUCAUGAGGUGAGGGAAAAUGUGAGGCAUCACAGUCCAGUGGAUUGGGCAGAAGACUAAGAAUAGGUUUCUGGGGUUUUAUUUUUUGGCCCCAAACUUGUGUGAUCUUGGGCAGAUAGUUUCUCGGGGAAAUGAGGUAAUGACUCACCUCUUGGAACUGAGCACUGUGACUGACUGGGCCGGGUCUGGGCACUGCUGAGGGCGUCUGCUCAGAGCGAAUUGCUCAAACUUGGGGCUCCGUACAGCUCCUGACUGGAGACCUUCCCAAAUAGGUCACAAACCAGUCACACUGAGCGCUCCAGCUGCCCAUCUGGCCAGCCUCAAGCCUCACGAGCAAAACCACUCUGACUCUCCAGCUCCCUCUGUGCCGCAAUCAGCCCCGGGCCUAACACACAGGUGAGGGGUUAUAGAACCCAAUCUCACCUACCCCCAACGGGUUCUUCCG